AUGUGGCCCGGCAGCAACAGCACCUACCGCCUGCAGAACGUCCGCAACGGCACCAGCUUCAACAUGGACGUGCACAUCGGGAACCCGCCGUUUAUGAGCAGCGACACCCGACACGAGGAACUACCAGAAGCCGCAGCGCUGGCUGACGACGAGCGUGUCCGACAUCAACGACGGCGCGUACUCGACCACCUUCACCGACAUUCCCGCAUCAACCGUCACGAGGACCCUCCACUUGACAGCCCAACCGCCGCCCCCAGCAUAUCCUCUUCGAGCGGUCUGUCGUCCAGUGCCGCCGCGGGCAUUGGCGUCGGCGUCGCGCUGGGUGUCAUUAUCCUUGCAGCAGCGGGCUUCCUCGGCUGGAGACUCGCAGACGAGGCACUUCCAGAGUGA